AUGGAUCCAAUCAAGUAUGUUUGCGAGAGCCUAUUCAUACCUAGAAGAAUAGCAAAAUGGCAAGUCAUGCUUUCACAAUAUAACAUUGUUUAUAUGACAAGGAAGGCAAUACAAGGAAGUGUGAUAGCAGAUCUCCUAGCAGAGAACCCAAUUGAUGAUUAUGAAGCUUUAAACUUUGAAUUCCCAAAUGUGCAUAUUAAUACGGUGAGCGAGGACACUGAGGGGCAGGAUGAUGUGUGGCAAAUGUAUUUCGAUGGGGCAGUUAAUCUCUCUGAUAAUGGGAUUAGGGCAAUACUAAUAUCCACAGGCAGGAAACACUUCCCAAUAGCUGUCAAGCCAAAAUUUGAGUGUACUAAUAAUGUCGCAGAAUAUGAGGCCUACGUGAGUGGUUUGCAAGCUGCUAUUGAAAUGAAAGUAAAGAAAUUGGAAGUGUAUAAAGAUUUUACCUUGAUCAUCUAUCAAGUCAAGGGAGAAUGGCAAACAGGAGACCCAAAGCUGAUCUCGUAG